AUGGCAGCAACAGCGGAUAAGUCAAAGCCAUACAUCCCUCUUGCUAGUCUCGCUCGAGAUGGCUGGUCAACAGAUGAGGAAGCCACCGCUACUUGCUUUUGUGGUGCCGUGCAGCUAGUCUUUCCAACUCAAGGUCCUGGCUUGCUAAACACAUUCGUUUGCAAUUGUACCGAUUGCCGCAAAAUCACCGCGUCCAUGUUUGCUUCCAACUUUACAGUUGCGAACACGCACUUGAAGCAUGCCCGAGGCAAAGAGAAUCUGAAAGAGUUCUCUCAGUCAGAUACGAUACUGAGAAAGGAGUCAAUGACAAAUCACUUUUGCUCUACUUGCGGAACACUGAUGUAUCGGACCGGUUCGGCCUGGCCUGGAGCGAGCAUUCUCCGCAUUGGCACGGUUGAUGACUUUAACCUACAUGAAACAAAGUUGAGGCCACAGCACGAGAUCUUUGUAAAGGAUAGGGUCUCUUGGGUUAGCGGAGUGGAAGGGGCUAAGCAGGUGGAGGGAUUACCUUCUAAACUAUGA